GGUGGUAUGGCUUGAUGGAUAAUGAUAUUUCAGGAAAGGGAUACAGCAAUUGAUUCUGUUAAUGUCACUUUUGUUGCAAAGGGGAUGACAAGCUGAUGGCAACAGAGAACCCCAACCAGACUGUGGUGAGCCAUUUCUUCCUCGCGGGUUUAAUGUACACAGCUGAACAUCCUAGCCUCUUCCUCCUCUUCCUUCUCAUCUACAGCAUCACUGUGGCUGGGAAUCUCCUCAUCCUCCUAACUGUGGGCUCUGACUCUCACCUCCGUUCACCCAUGUACCACUUCCUGGGGCACCUCUCCUUCUUGGAUGCCUGUUUGUCUACGGUGACAGUGCCCAAGGUCAUGGCAGGGCAGCUGACUCUGGAUGGGAAGGUGAUCUCCUUUGAGGGCUGUGUCGUACAGCUUUACUGCUUCCACUUUCUGGCUAGCACUGAGUGCUUCCUGUACACAGUCAUGGCCUAUGACCGCUAUCUGGCUAUCUGUCAGCCCCUGCACUACUCAGUGUACAUGAACAGAAAGAUGUGUGCAGUGCUGGCUGGAAUCACCUGGGCCAUAGGUGCCACGCACGCUGCAAUCCACACCUCCCUCACCUUCCGCCUGCGCUACUGUGGGCCUUGCCACAUCGCCUACUUCUUCUGCGACAUCCCACCUGUCCUGAAGCUUGCCUGUACAGACACCACCAUUAAUGAGCUAGUCAUGCUUGCCAGCAUUGGCAUCGUGGCUGCAGGCUGCCUGAUCCUCAUCGUUAUUUCCUAUGUCUUCAUCGUGGCAGCUGUGUUGUGCAUCCGCACAGCCCAGGGCCGGCAGCGGGCCUUCUCCACCUGCACUGCCCACCUCACCGUGGUGCUCCUGUACUAUGUGCCACCUGUCUGUAUCUACCUGAAGCCUCACUCCAGCGAGGCAGGAGCUGGGGCCCCUGCUGUCUUCUACACUAUCAUAACUCCGAUGCUCAACCCGUUCAUUUAUACUUUGCGGAACAAGGAGAUGAAGCGUGCCCUGCAAAGGCUAUUGUGCAGCAGCUUCCAAGAGUCUGCAGCAGGCAGCCCACCAUCAUAGUCUGUGCUAUCGAAACUCACAAUUUGCUA